CGGGCAUUGUGCUGGUCCGACUAGUUUUGCUCCGUGGAUCGUGUUGGGCUGUUGUUUUUUAUCUUCUUUUUUUCCGUACGUGGAUCGUGGACCGUUUCGCUGCGAGCUGCCAUUCAACCGGACGGACCAGUACAUACGAGCAACAAACAAUAAACUCACGUUUGUUGGUAUUUUCAAUAUCUUUUUUUUUCUGUCACGACAUACCGUCAUUCGGAUUGAAAUAGUUGGUGAACGAUAAUUAGUGCUUUUCGGUGGGUUGGUUUUUGGGAAAAGUCGCAUUCCAGCAGUGAUUAUUUCUAGGUACCUACUAGAAAGCAGACUGCUUGCGUGCAAAACAAAUAGAAAAUCGAAAGUGUCGUGUCGUGACGAUUGGGGGAAAUGGGAGUGAAAGAGAGCGAUUAGUGGCGUGACGUGUACGGGGAAAACAGUCAAAAUAAUAAUUUUGCGAAUCAGUUUUGAGAUGAAGAUCACAGUUUAGGUAUCAAUCAUGUCUGCGCGAUCAUUGUAGCAAAAACUUAUGAUUCUUAAAUCAUCUGAACUUCGAACCCGUUCAUUCGUCACGAAUAAAUUCAUUCGGUGAGAGAGACGUGUGUAUGUGUGCUAGUGUUGGUGCAACAGAUCCACGAACAUCUUUUGAGAAGUUCGCGAGACGAAAACAGAUGCUAAAGUGGUGGAAGUGAGCGAUUACGGGUGAUCGUGUGAUUAGAAAGGUGUUUUGUUUGCACACAAAGUUCAAGAAAUUGCAGUCGAAAUUCAGUUUUUCGCAAACGCUAGCUUCGAUCGAGUGUAAUUUAUCGCAUAAAUUCGUCACCGUCAAACAGGAGCCACACGCGGACAAAGAGCGGAAGGAGACGCAAGGUGUUUUAUGAACCGCGUAGGGGAAAAAGGGUUCGCUGACUCGGCUCCGCCGGUGUGUGCGGUGCAUCGUGCACAACCAACGCUUGUUUGGACAAGCAAGUUUCAAACAUAUCUGAUAUCAGUGCAGUUUUAUGGCAGUGCACGGAUUGUGAUCUUGCAUGUAUGUUGUGUUUUUUAAGGUUUUCAGUUCAUUGCAAAAGUCGAUUCGCCGGCUGAAGACCGUCGUCCUCAAGAGGCGGGGGGUGUGUUGGGCGUGUGGUGAAAAUCCAGAGACGUGCGAAAGUGAAAUGAUUUCAUGCGGCCGAAGAAGGGUACAAGGAAAGUGAAAAAUGCGAUACUAAUUUGAGGAGUGCGUUUUAAUUAAUCAUUACCGGUCGGUGGGUUUUGGUUCAUGCAGCGAAGUUAUUUUGUAACGAUGCGUUGUUUGCGUGCCGGUGGCUAAGCCGCCCACCUUUUCCGAACAGCAGCAGCAGUAGCGGCAGUUUGGUUUGAUUUUAGUGAAAAGUGAAAAGUGCAGCACCACCGCAGGUGGUUUGGUCGUUUCCACUAGCUUCAAACGGGGAUAAUCAGUGUUCCGCUCGAAGGGAAACCGAUGAGAGUUAAUUUUUCGAAUUAAAAAUUCAACAGUGAGUAAGGAAAAUUAAAGCUAAACCGGGCGGUGGUGAAAUUUCGGAAGCCGUGCUGCUUCGAACGAAUCGGAAGUGAGCAGUAUGGAUUACCUUCAAGCCACCGGGUUGGAAUUUGGCUACCGCUGAAGGAACGUGCUCUGUCUGUCGGAUAUACCUACCAUGAGCAACGGGACGGCUAAUGCCGGCAGUGGAGGAGGUGGUGGUGGAACCGCUGCGGACGCCGAAAGUUUGCAGCCCACCUGGCGACUGUGGGGCGAGGAGCGCGAGGAGGAUGCCAUCUAUACCGUCUACCUGAAGAAGGUCCGCUACCACCGGCCGACACCGAGUGCCAGCAGCCAAGAUUCCGAUGACGAAAUAUCCCACCUGGAGUGGGAAACGGUGCGGGUUCGGUUCGUGAAGGCGGCCACCCUGUCACGGUUGGUUGACGCCCUGACGACGGACGACGGAGAGCUGGAGAGUACCUUCGUAAAUGUGUUCCUUACCACCUAUCGGACGUUCUCCCAGCCGGAGAAGGUGCUGGAGCUGCUGCUGAAUCGCUACGAGAAGCUCCACUCGGAUCCGGCGACGACCCUGCUGCCGUCGGAGUCGCUCAUCGAUCAGCACAAGAAAACUCUAGUCUCCGUUCUGCACGUUUGGCUGGAUGGAUUCCCCGAGGACUGGGACACGGAAAAUUUGCAAAGGCUUUUGGCGUUCACUUCGAAACGACUGCCAAAUUCGGAAAUUCACGUAAAAGCUUUACAUAGGUAUACAAAUAGGUUAGAUAAGUACAGUAGGAUACCACCGCCGUUGCCAUGGGCCAGCGAUUACCACGACAUGACCGAUCAGUUCGGCGGGCUGUGUCUUACCCCGGCUUUUCGGGGGCCACCGUCGCAUCUGUUGAACUCGUAUCGAUUUCCCAAUAUUCCGGUGAAACAUUUCGCCGAACAGCUGACCCGAAUGGACAUGGAACUGUUCAAGCGGUUGAUACCGCACCAGUGUCUCGGUGCGAUCUGGUCAAACAGAGACAAACACGAGUGCGGCUCGGUGCUGGCUACCGUUACCCAGUUCAACGCGGUUUCCUUCCGAGUGAUAUCCAGCGUGCUGAUCGAACCGCGGCUUAAGCCCCAAGAACGUGCUCUUCUGAUAUCAACUUGGAUAGACAUCGCCCAAGAGCUGCGACUACUGAAAAACUUUUCCUCCUUGAAGGCGAUCAUAUCCGGACUUCAAUCGAACGCAGUCUACCGUCUGUCGAAAACCUGGGCCGUACUGCCCCGGGAAAAACUUGAACUGUACACCGAGUUGGCUCGCAUAUUCUCGGAGGAUAACAACGCCUGGGCUCAGCGGGAGGUGCUGAUGCGUGAGGGUACUGCCAAAUUCGCCGAUACGGUGGGUGAAAAUGAUCGACAUCUGCAGAAGGUGUUUCAAAAACAGAACACCCUGAUCAGCCAUGGAACCAUUCCCUAUCUGGGAACGUUCCUAACCGAUCUGACGAUGAUUCACGCUGCCAUUCCGGACACCCUACAGGAUGGGUUGAUCAAUUUCGACAAGCGACGAAAGGAAUUCGAGGUGCUGGCUCAGAUCAAGCUGCUGCAGGGUGCUGCCAAUACGUACCAUCUGCCGGAGGAUCCGCUGUUCGAUCGAUGGUUUGCCUCGCUGUUGGUGCUCGAUGAGCGGGAAGCGCACACGCUCAGCUGCCAGCUGGAACCGAUGCCGGAAAUGACGAAACGACCGAGCCACCAGGGGCACAAAAAGAGCGACUCGAUUGCGUCCAACAGCAGUAGUGGGGCCGGUUCCCAGUUCUACUGCGAUAUCAACAGUGCGUCCAAUCAGAGCUACAGCUCACGCAACAACUCACUGGACAGGGACGUGACUCCGCCAAACGCUUCGAUCUUGUCGGCGGCAAGCAGCGUAUCGUCACUCUCGAUGGAAUCGACCACCUCGAGCAGUCAAAAGUCGAAUCAACUGAACGGUAGCGGUGGUGUUAUGCGAACACCACAAUCGAACCGGGCCCAUAACAGUGCCGCCAGUUCGGCUUCCAAGAGUCACAACGGUACCAGUUUGGAAGCUCCGAUCAUCAACGGGCAGCUGAAGGAUGACUCGCCACUGAAGAAAAGCUCACCCGAUUUCUACAUCAUAAAAGUUACCUACGAAACGGAACACGUCGAGUUGGAUGGGAUUGUCCUGUACAAAAGUAUUAUGCUCGGGAAUAACGAGCGCACGCCGCAGGUUAUUCGGAACGCGAUGCUCAAGCUGGGGUUGGAGGGCGAUCCGGAUAAGUAUACGCUGGCGCAGGUGCUUCCGGAUAAGGAGCUACUGUUACCGAAUAACGCCAACGUGUACUAUGCCGUCAACACGGCGUACAAUUUGAACUUUAUUUUGAGGCCAAAAAAGGACGCCGAUAGUGGGCGAUAAAAGUGAACACAAACUGACAAUUGUUGUUGAACGGUGGUGGUGAGGAAGACUUGAUGAUGUAAAUAUAUUUAUUUGAACCAAGGAGUUUUCCCAUAAAAAAAAUUGUGAAUCUAAGGAAUCUCUAAUGAAGGAAGGAAGUGACAAACUUACACUGAUAUUACUGAUAGUAGCGUUAUAUUUAACGACGAGCUGAUUAGUGUUAGCCCAAACCUGUAAAAUUUAGUGUCUAGUGAGUGACUCGAAACCAAUCCGACCGAGUCGAGUAUAUACACAGCAGCAAAUCAUAUUUUAGCCGCGUUAAACGUAAUAAGUUUUAGAGAAUCAUAUUCACACAGUAACUGAUAAAAAAAUAACAAAAUGGACUGUUUAGCAGGCUGGUUGGGAAUUAAGGCAACUGUGCUAGUUUAGAAAGUUUUAUGUAGAGCACAAUCGUAACACAUGGUACUGACAGAAAAGAAAAAAAUAGAGCUUUUCACUUAUCAGGAAUAAUCUCAAACUGGAAUUGAAAAUUAAAAAAAAAAACUACUGCAGUCGUAUAACGAUAACUAGUAAUAUAGUGAUAAUCGAAAGGGACAAGCGUCAUGGAGCUGUUAAUGACAAAAUAAUGUCGCUAAUAGUAGUUGGUUUAUUGAAAAUAAUCGAAAGUAACGCGAAAUAU